CAUCGUCCAAUCGGAGGGCGCAAAACUUGCCAACACGUCCGCACUAGCCGGCGUGCCCCGGAAGCUGUUCUUUGGCCCUGUGACACGUAGCGACAGACUAGUGUACGUUUUGGAGUUGAAUUUAGGGGUUAUUUGGGGCCGCCGGUGCUUCAACUGCUGCCGCCACUGCUCCCUCCGCCUUUGAUCUUUUACGAUGUCAGGUUUUGAUAAUUUAAACACAGAUUUCUACCAGACAAGUUACAGCAUCGAUGACCCUUCUCAACAGUCCUAUGACUAUGGAGGAAGUGGAGGACCCUAUAGCAAACAAUAUACUGGCUAUGACUACUCGCAGCAAGGCCGAUUUGUCCCUCCAGACAUGAUGCAGCCACAGCAGCCAUACACUGGGCAGAUUUUCCAUCCAACUCAGACGUAUACUCCAGUUGCAUCUCCGCCGUUGUAUGGAAACAACUUCGAGGAUGAGCCACCUUUAUUAGAAGAGUUAGGUAUCAAUUUUGACCACAUCUGGCAGAAAACACUUACAGUUCUGCAUCCAUUGAAAGUAGCUGAUGGCAGCAUCAUGAAUGAAACCGAUUUGGCAGGACCCAUGGUUUUUUGCCUUGCCUUUGGAGCCACAUUGUUACUGGCUGGCAAAAUCCAGUUUGGCUAUGUCUAUGGGAUCAGUGCAAUUGGAUGUCUAGGAAUGUUUUGUUUAUUAAACUUAAUGAGCAUGACAGGCGUUUCAUUUGGUUGUGUGGCAAGUGUGCUUGGAUAUUGUCUUCUUCCCAUGAUCCUGCUUUCCAGCUUUGCAGUGAUAUGUUCUUUACAAGGAAUGUUAGGAAUCAUUCUAACUGCUGGGAUUAUUGGAUGGUGUAGUUUUUCUGCUUCCAAGAUUUUUAUUUCUGCAUUAGCCAUGGAAGGACAGCAACUGUUAGUAGCAUAUCCUUGUGCUUUGUUAUAUGGAGUCUUUGCCCUCAUUUCUGUUUUUUGAACGGAAUUUAUCCAGAAUGUGGACAUUGGUGGGCCAAAUACACAAGCAGGACCAUGAACUCUUACAUUGGACCAGCAAACUGCUGCAGGGCAACUCUCAUGCAGAUUGAUGAUAGACCGUUGGAGCAGUGGAAAUACACACGUAACUUGUUCAUUUUUAUAAAAUUUUUGAAUACUCUGUUGGAUUUAUCAGCAGUGCACCUAGCUUUAAGUGUUUGUGCUGUUUCUUUCCUUUUCCUGUAGCCUUUGAAAAGCAGCAUUUUUUCCUUACAAAUCAUAUUAUGAUGUUUUUGAUAGAUUUUUAUUAACCAUGGGAAACCAACCACAAAGCUGAUAAAGCUUUCUUAAGAGCAACUCAUAGUAGGGAAGAUACAAGACUUGUUGCAGAAAUGCUUUUCCUAGGAAUUAGGAAAGAAAAUUGUCUUGUGUUCUCAUGUUAGGAGCCCUAAGCAGAAAAAAAUCCCAAUGCAGAGUUUUGAGUUUGCAGUUCAAAAAUUUGAUAUUCCUGUAAAUCAUCUCAUGAAACUGUUGCUAACAUUAUUUUGAAAAGUUCAUAGUCUACCUCAUUGUAGACAAGAAAUGUGAACUGCUAUUUAGAUAUUAGUGUUCAUUAAACCUGGACUGGUCACAUUAAUUGGGACUCUACCUUUCUCAAGAAAAAGAUAAUCACUAAAUUUUUCUGAGAAAAAUAUAAAAUUUCACAAGUUCAGUAUUUCAGUUAUGUAUGUAAGUACGUUUGAUGCAUAUUAAUUAAAAUGUUCUCAAGUAA